AAGAAUGGCGGACAAGCUGACCGAUGCCGACAUAGCUGAAGAAUUAAGGAAGUUUGGAGAACAAGUGAAGCUUCCCAUAGACAGGAAAAAGAGACCAUUGCUUCUGAAAAAGCUUAAUCAUUAUCGUGCAAAAGAAAGGGCUGUCACGCAGCCCAAAAAGUCGACACCAUCUCGUAAAAAACAGCCGGCUGAAUUUAGCUCUGAGGAGAGCGAAGAAGAGGAAAAUGAAGCCGAUUCAACAUUUGGAAAAAUAUUUGGUCGUGUGAAAAAAACUCCUUCAUCUCCUUUCUACAGCAACACCAAUACAAUUGAAAUUUCUCCCUCGUCGUCAAAAGAUGACCCAAAACUCAAAAGGAACACGAGAAGAUCUUUUCUCUCGAAAGAUGUUAAUUCUUCUGAAAACAAAUCAAAAAUGUAUCCAGACUUGUCAGAACUGUCCAUUUCAAAUGAGAGGAAUUCAAAGAACAGUUCUUUAAAUAGAAGUCAAAGAGAUGACUCUUUAGAAUAUAGUUAUGAACAAGAAUUCACAGACUCUGAUCCAGACGAAAGUACAUAUGAAGUAGUAAAUAAAUCGGUGAACACAACAUUUAUUUAUGACAAUCAAGAUGAGGAACCAACACUCCACCAAACUCGUAGCACACCUCAUCGCGGUACACCUAACCGUAAAUCUGGAAAUACCCCAAACUCUGUUUUGGUUCAAAGACAAAAGAAAAACAAAUCUAACAUAAAUCAUGUAAAUAAAUUAUUGCCAAAAGAAGAACCUGAAGAGCCAUUAGAGGAUGCAUUUCAGACUACAGAGAAAGUAACUGAAACAUCAUCAAGCUAUGUUUCAUCAAUUCUAGUGCUUCUUGUUGCCAUAUUCUUCCUCAGUAUUUCACUCACAUACGUUUACUUACGAAGAGAUUAUUUGUUUCAGACAGAAUCAGAUGUAAUUGUGCCAUGGUCUACAAAGGUUGGUGAAGAUAAUACACAAUCUAUCUUUGAGAUUGUCAGAAAAAUUGGUGGUUACAUUCAUCAGCAGCCUCUAGAUCCAAGAACAGAUGUGAAAAAAGUAUCAAAAGAAACUGUGAAAAUGAAGUUGGAAAAAGAAAGAGUUGUUAAGAAGGAUGGUGAUGAAUUUGUGAAAGCAUUACAUUUAAUCUUAGCCAAUCCAACAUGGUCCAUCAGAUUAUAUAAAGAAGAUGGUCAGCCUGUAGUAUAUACUCCAUAUUCCAAAGAUGAGGAUGCUGUAGGAGAGGUAGCAUGGUUAGAAGCUGACAGAGAUAAAUCAUUGUUAGAAAGACUGAGGGACUCCGCAUACAGAAUAUUUAUUGGAUUUGUCUUGUUGUUGUCAUGUAUUAUAGCAGGAGUAAUAGGGUUGUUAAUUCUCAGGUUUUAUAACAAGUCCAAAGAAGAAGAACAAAAGAGAGUCUACAAUAUGGUGGAACAAAUUAUCGACGUCAUUAAAGACAACUUUGAAGCAAGUGAAGCAGAAAGUAAUGUACCAUCAUUUAUGGCUAUUCAACAUGUACGAGAUCAACUACUACCUAUAUCAAAAAGAAAGAAGCUCCUGCCUAUAUGGGAAAAAGCUGUAAAAUUCAUUGAAGCUAAUGAGUCCAGGAUCCGAGUUGAAUCCCAGUCCAUACAAGGAGAAGAAUUUCUGGUCUGGAAAUGGCUUCCAACAAUAUCUAAUGGUGGCAAAGUUUGGCAGGGACAAGCCUUCGGAGAGAACAAUAUGUCACCAUCAACUAGUCUACAUUAUGGCCCUACUCCAUGUCUGAAGAUUAGGAACAUGUUUGAUGCAGAUAUGGAAAUAGAGGAAGACUGGGAACAGAACGUGAAAGAUGCCAUUCUAGAGAAAUGUAGAGGAAUAACUGGUAUAUUACACAUACAUGUAGAUGAUACUUCUAAAGAGGGCUGUGUGUACAUGAAAUGUGGAAGCUGUGAAGUGGCUUACAAAGUCUACAAAUCUUUACAUGGAUGGUGGUUUGAUGGUCGUUUAGUAACAGUUAAAUAUCUGCGGCUAGAGCUUUAUCAUAGUAGAUUUCCAGAUUCAAUUCGUGUCACCAAAUCCUUGAAGCCUUCCAACAAUAAAAUGUCAUCUUUGUCCCAGCCAUACCAUCGAUCGACACUGGAAAUGACGUAAUGGCACCCUAUAGUUAGAUAACAGAUCUCAUUGUACAUGGACUUCAGUGCCUUGUAUAAUUUUAUUUAUGUUGAUUAUUGCACAUGAUGUGAAGAUAUUUCCAAGACUGUUCUGGGUGAAGAUGAACAUUUAGUGACAGAAUGAAUCGUGGAUUGAAUAUUGCAAGAUUUUGUAGAUUUUUUUCAUAGGGCAGUGUUGACUUGAAUAUCAUGUAAAGAUGUAUUUUAUUUGUUUGUUUAAUUAAUGUACUCAGUCAUGAAAGUGUAGGUUAUUUCAGCAAAUUUUGCUUUGUAUUAUCCAUUUCAAGAAAACUUUCUGUUAAUAUAUUCAUUUUUUUUUUUGCGAGAAAACUAGUAAGAUCUUUAUGGACCUUUGACUUUUGUCUAGGAAUAUAUGAUAAUGUUUGGUAAAUGAAAAAAUGGUCCCAGUAAAGGACAAGCCAAUCACAAUUUCGAAAUUUCAUUAGAUUUUUAGACUACUACUGGUUUUAUUUCCUUUAAAUGAUCCAAAACUUCCUGGAUUGGGUUUAAGUUAACAGUAGGGGUGGGUAGUUUGUUAACUAAUAAGUUACUGUAGUUUAGAGAUCUUUUAACUUUGACCUUUUAUGGUCAGGAUUCAUUAGAAAACAUGUAGCUAUUAUUGCCUUUGUAGUGUAGUACAAUGUAAUUCAAUACUCCUUAACCAGCAAUUUCAAUAGAAGUGCAACUUUUAAUUUCGUUAAUCUACUCAACUUAGGAUUUUGCAUAUGAGAUCGGGAUCAGAAAGUGUUUUGCUUUGAUCCAUUUGAAAACAAAAGUUCUUCACAAUACAAACAAUAUUUGUAAGAGAAUAACCCUACACAAUUAUGUGCCAUUUUUCUCAGGUAAUUGUAAUAUCAUGUUUUAAUCACAUAACAACUGUUCCAUUAAGUUCAAAAUAUUUUUUAGUAUACAAACACUUUUUGUGAGGCUUUUACAUAGAAUUGUGAGGUAUGAUAUAGGUCUUUUUCUAGCUGAGGACUUCAGUGUUGAUUUCAAAGAGAACUUUUGAAGAUCAGUUACUAAUUUUUAUGCUGUUAGUUAUAACUCCAUACUCAUCAUGUGCUUAUACAACUCUUAUAUACAAUAGGGGUAUAUAUGAUUUUUGUGUAAUUUUGUUACACUAUUGGCAAUUUUGCUAUGUAAUAUGCCUGAACAUAUUCUAUUUUAUGUAUUUUGUGGAAUCCUACCACAUAGUCAAGCUUCAGUAGUUUGAACUAAUCAAUAGAUCAGAUGUCAGUGUAACCUUGAAAUCUGACUCUGCUCAGAACUCUAACAGUCAAUUACAAUUUGUAUGAAUUCACUUUGUGUGAAGUAUAAGAUAUUCCUGUGAAUUUUCAUUCAAUAAAACCUGACUUUUGCAGAUUAGAAAAUGCCCAAUUCUGUUAUUAACUUCUCAAUUAAAUUUUAUGCUUAGUGGGAUAUCUAGUCUUAGGUAUAUCUUGUUAGUUUUAUGUGUCACAUGACCUCUUUUCAUAUUUCAUGCUCCAUAACUUUGUGUAGUGGGCAAUGUGAAGAAGAAUUUAGACUUGCUGCAACUGUAACUAGGUAUUGACACCAAGGCCUUCUUUCAUGUCUUAAGUGUGUAUUUAACAAUGUACAUACAAUUCCUAAAGAAAAACGUGAAUAAUACCUGUAUUUUGUUUCAUGCUAUCAAAUUUUUCUGUUUAUUGCAUUAAAUUCAGUGACACAAAGGUUAUGCAAUUAAGAGGAAUCCAUUUUGUAUUAAAAUAAUCUUUGAUGACUUAUAAAAAGCAACAAAAUAUAUGCUGUUGUGUUAUUUAAAAAAAGAGGAAGGCAAUAAAUUCAUAAGCUUAAUCUGUUGAUUUUGUUUUAUUUUGAUAAAACUUCUAAAUAUGCAUAUAAAUAAAUUAUGAAAAUGUAAAUUUAAUAACGUUGAAGUUUGAUUUUACCAUGUUUUGUAGAAAUUCAACAAAAUUGUUUGUAGAAGAAAUUCUGUAUUUUCUUCUGUUUAGUUCGAAUGCAAUAUUUUAAUCUACAGCCACUGACUCAAUGAAAUCCCUGUACAAUUCAUUGUUAUGCUUUAAGUAUGAAGGAAAUAAUAUAAAUGGUGAAAAAUAUAACUAAGAUACAUGUAAGCUAUAAUCAUAGCACAUUGAUUUGCUAAAUCAUACAAUAUUAUUCUCUUCUAAAAAGAUUAAUAAUUAAUUUUAUUUUUGUCUUGAUUUUCUGCACAAAUUUGAAAUGAAAUAAUUGCAAUAAAUAUGAACUGUAUACAUCUAAUAUUACUACAGACAGUUGUUAAUAUUAUUUGCUUUAUAAGAGUUAUUGUUUUAUUCCAAGCAAGUUUUUUACAAUAGAGAUGAUAAGUUGGGGGAAAUAGUGUCAAGAAAUACAAUGUUCUUAAACACAUAUAAAUACUCAAGGACUCGGAUCAAUUGCCUAGCUUGCCAUUGACUAGCAUUUAAUGAGUAAUGUAAGCUAAACUGUACCAUGCAUACUUCUGCCAUUUAUUUCAUCAGUUAUGCAUGCGGACUAGUGCUAAAAAGACCGUUAUCUUUUAUUCAAGGAUUCAGUCCACAAAAAGAAUUGAUGAAUCUUGGUAUUAAAGUUCUCUUUACUUAUUCAGCACAAGCUAAUCUUGGUCACCAUGUAUGGUCGUUCUUAGUACUAAAUGAAAUUCUAAGUACAUCUUUUAGAUAUAUGUAAAACCAAUUUGGGUCAAAUUCUUCAAACAGUGUUAAACAUGAUUUUAGUAGUUUUCUUUCAUAAUUUUAACUUAUUUUAAAUGUAAAUGAAUGUAUUUAAAACUGAUUAUUAAGUUUUUUACUAAAAACAAAUACAUACUUUGCUACAAGUUGUAUUAAUAAUAAUAACAAUAUCUAGAGAAAAAAAAAAUUGCCAUCUGAUUUUUAUUUGGUUGUAAAGGUGAAAUUUUUUGUUAACAGUCACAUUUUCCAUUGAUUAUUUGUUUGUUCUGUAAUGCAUUUGCAUUUUUAAUUCAUUUUCAUUUUGUAUUGAAGAAUUUUUCGAAAAUCAGUAAUAAAAUCAACCAUCCCUCUUCUGAUAGAAGCUUAUACAUGCAGUAUGGUAAUUUCAGGGUUGCUGAUGAUAAUAAUCAUCAAAACCUUUUGGUAAAAAUAACCCUUUGUAUACAUUUAAAAGGAAUUUGACUUCAAGUAUAUGUUCUCCUGUUUUUUCCUCUUCAGAUAACCAAAUUUAUAUAAGUUUAGUAGGAGUAAACAAUUAUUCAGCUUUGUUAUACAUGAGGUACAAUAAUACAUGACUACUGUCAUUUACUACAUAGACUUAUAUAUAUAUAUAUAUAUAUAUAUGAUAAGCACUAGUACAUAUUCUUUUCCAGACAUCAAUCCUAUUUUUAACUUAGUUAGAAGUAGGAACUUGCACUUGAUUUGUAAAUACAUUGAAAUGACUAUAUUGAUGAUUCAUAUUAAAUCUUACUAAUCUGUUA